AUAAACAACAUUCAAAAUAACUGUAUUAGUGGACUUUUCUGGUUAGCGGAAUGAAGAUAAUAGCACUCUUAGUAUUGGCGAAUCUGGGCUUUGCCCUUAGUAGUAAGGAAUAUGAUGAACACGAAAGGCUGGUGACGUGGAGACUUCGAAAUAUUGUAAACAAGUAUAAAUACUUAGCCACCGGAAACGCGGAGUUCUCCCGGUGGAUUGAAAAAGUAAACAACGCUGCUGCCCGAAGUAACCUUGAAGUAAAGUUGGACACAGAAGGUUACUUCAAAGUAUACGAUGAACAACGCCAAUUGCUUGAAGAUAACAUUACUCAGCGCUUGAACACGCUCAGAUCCCUAAUAUCAUUAAGAAAAGGAGGCAAGAGAUGUGUCCGAUUCUACCAGCAUCAGGAAAAUGAACUUAAGAAUGCCUACAAGUUCUCUAAUCAGAAAAAAGAAGAGGUGUUUGUGAAUAGUUUGAAGAAAUGCUUUGCACCACCGGCGAUACAAGAAUAUGAUUAUGAUUACUAUCUAGGCUAUUGAUCAUUAAAUUGUCCAAUGAAAUCGAAUAAAAGCUCGCUUUUGGUUAACCUUU